CUCGUUUUUACACCUCCAGCUCCCCCUCCUUCCCCCGCUUGGUUCUCACAGGGGCUGACCAGAUUCCCCAAAGGGAAACCACAGCAGGAUUCGAACACAAGAGCAACACUCUCCCCUCCUGUGGUUUCAGAAGCACCGCUGCCUCUAUCUGUGGAGGCAGAGCAGAGCCAUCCUGGCUGGGAGCCAUUGACAGCCCUCUCCUCCUCCAUGAACUUGUCCUAGGAUACUUUGAGAGAGAUACUUUGAGGUGCCUCUGCUCCCUCCAGGCAGUCCUUCCUGCUGCCUGUUUGCCCAGAGGCCAGUGCCGUCCCCGCCCCCUCUGAGGCCACCGGCCCUUGCCCGGAAUCUGCGGGGACCCAGGACGGGGCCUCCGAUAAGCAGGGACCGCCAGGUCCAUCCCACUUGGUGGGUCAGUGACUUCCCAUCUUGGCUGGCAAACACCGCAGAGCGAGAGGCUUUUCUGGCAGGCAGAGGAGGGAGGACGGCAGCAUGGCUGUGCCUGAGGGCCUGGACCCGCCCAGGGUAAGUGCCCAGGGGUCCCCCAAAAUGGGCAGGAGCACACCAGGCCCCCCUUUUAGCAGAGGGUGGGGUGGGCAGGGCAAAGGGGUCUGGGCUCUCAGUUGAGGGGGUUCUCACAUUGUUGGGCACGGGGAGAGCAAUGGGUCUCCUCAAAGGUCACCCUGGUGGUGGAGGGUUUUAAGCAGAAUUAGGGGGGGGGGAUUCUGAAGCUGUGAUUCCUCCAUGGCAGGGCAACUGGGCUAGAUCACCCUCCCACUCUACAAUUCUGUGAUUUGGGUGCGACUGCUCAGAUUUGAGCCCUGCCAGCUGGGAGUGAGAAUCUGGUCUAAGGCCGUUCCUGCACCAGAUAUGUGAAGCAGGUCAGAGGAUCCUGGGAACUGUAGUUUGUGAAGGGUGCUGGGGAUUGUAGCUCUGCGAGGGCUAAACUACUGUUCCCAUUGGGGUGUGUGUGUGUGUGUGUGUGUGUGUGUGUGUUUUAGGGGCGGAAUGCACUUUGAAGGUGCUUUAAGGGUUAGGCAGAGGCUGGUGCCCCUUGUGCCAUUGCACAAGGACGGUCCAACAUCACGCGCCCCGAUUUGUUAUGGCAGGGGGGGUGGGCAGAGGGAAGCCCCCCAGCCACUGGCUUACAGGAAAGGCAGGGGCGACCUGGUGCCAUUGUCCAAAUGAAAUGCCCUCCUCAGUCUCUGCGUGGCAUCAGAGGCCUCUUCCAACAAAAAAAAUGAGGAUUUUCCCCUUACAGCAAAAAACCACCAAUAGUGUCUUUCACAUCUGUAGGAAGACACAGGGCUCUUGCCAGCAACUAAGUGCCUCUCCUGGGGGCAGAAAAAGGGCACCUAGAUGAGGAUAUGGAUAUGGGAUAGAACUCAAAGCCAGAGCUAAAGGAAGGAAACGAGUGCCCUUUGGAUCCGUGCUUUCUGGGGGGGGGGGGCAAGCAGAAGCCCUGACAAGCCCCCAGCCAGUGACACUGAUUAGCAGUCAAGGCAAACUAUUCAUUAUCAUCAUUUCAUAAAAUGUCUACACUUCUUAACUGUAAAGAAACCACAAAACCCUCCACACCCUCAAAGUGGUUUACAUAAAGAUAAAACUAUAAAAUCAAGAAAAGUUUAUAAGAACAGUUUUAAAACAUAUAAAAAGUUAAAAUACUGAAAGAGCUUUAAAUUCACACCAGCUUUUCAAGCAUCUGGACAGGCUUGAAGAAUGUUUUUAGACAAGAAAGUUUUUAGAAAGGUGUUAAAAAGAACCAGAGAAAGUGCCUGUGUGGUAUCAAGAGGCAGGGAGUUCCAGAGGUUAGGGGCUGCCACUUCUUCUUCUUUGACGAUCACUCGUAGCUGAGUAAGAUUGUCUUCCAUGAACACGGUUUUAACAGUGGGUCCGUAAGUGACUGUGGAGGCCAAUUCUGGAUCCGCACGUCCUUCCACAGUGGGCAGCAUUUUCUCUUUUGCCUGCUGGGCCAGCCUGGCCUCAGUGCUCUCCUGCGCUCAGUGGUCGAACAGCAUAUCCUCUCCUGCCUUCCUGAACAUCCCCCCACUUACUGGCCUUCCUUUGCCUUCCUCUCCCGCAGGGCAAAUGGGUGGCCGUCGGGCACUUCCUGCUGCUUUGCCUCUCGGCCCUGGCACAGCCCGGUGGCCCCGCGGUUCCCUGCCCGGCUCUGUGCCAGUGCUUUGGGAACCUGACCGUCUUCUGCUCGGAUGAAGGUCUGGAGGACAUCCCCGAGGGGGUCCCCGCCGGCGCCACCCAGCUCUUCUUCGUGGGAGCCCCCCUGUUCUCGCUUCAGAGCGGGGCUUUCGCCAACAGAACCGGCAGCCGCCGCCUCGCCAAACUCGCCUUCCUGGGCAGCCCCCUCCGGUCUCUGGGGCGCGCGGCCUUCGAGGGGCUGCCGGAGCUCCGGGAGCUGGAGAUCUCGUCCAGCCAGCUGAGCGCUCUGAGCGGAGAGGCCUUUCUGGGCUUGGCCAACCUCAGCACCCUCGCCGUCAAGUUCAGCCCCAUCAAAAGCCUGGAGACGGAGCUGUUCAGCAACACGCCGCGCCUAGAAGCCCUCCACCUCCAGGGCAACGAGGUCGGGUCUCUGCCCCAGGACGUCUUCCGCCCGCUGUCAUCCCUCAAGACCCUCACCUUGUCCCAAAACCACCUCGCGGAGCUGCUCGCGGAGGUCCUCGGCCCGCUCUCGGCCCUGCGGGUGCUGAAGCUGAGCGACAACCGCUUGGCUGGCCUCCCCGCCGGCCUCUUCGGCCCCCUGAGAGAGCUCCGGGAGCUCUUCUUGGACGGCAACGCCCUGGCAGAGCUGCCCCCGGGCACCUUCGCCCCGCUGAGCGCCCUGACGCGCCUCCACCUCCAGCACAACGCCCUGGAGCGCCUGCCAGCCGCGGUCUUCUCCGCCCAGCGCAACCUCACCUUCCUCUACCUGGACGGCAACCGCUUGGCGGAGCUGCCCGACGGGCUCUUCCAGGGCACCCCUCACCUCGCCGAGCUCUCCCUGGCGGGCAACCGUCUCCAGAGCAUCCCGGAGGGGCUGUUUGGCAAGCUGGGCAGCCUGGCGUUCCUGGGGCUAUCGCACAACCGCCUCGCCCACCUGCCUGCCGGGGUCUUCCAGGGUCUGAGCGCCCUUGCCAGGCUGCAGCUGAGCCACAACAACCUCACGGCCCUGCCGAGGGGCGUCUUUGCCAACCUCACCACCCUGGAGGCCUUGGACCUGUCCCACAACCAGCUGGCCACCCUGUCGGAAGGGGUCUUCGAGGGCAACGUCAUCCUGGGCCAUGUGGCCCUGAAGGGCAACCCCUGGACGUGCGACUGCCACCUGGCUCCCCUGAAAGACUGGCUCCAGGACACGGACCCCCUGAUCAACGCGCGGGCCUUGUGCAGGAGCCCGGCUCACCUGCAGGGGCUGAGCCUGCCGGCCGUGCAGAAAGAGCAGCUGGUCUGUCGGCGGGGCCUGGCGCCCUCCCGGUGCCGGGCGGAGCCGGGGAUGGAGGAGACCUCCGCGGAACCCAGCGCCCGCCCUCCGUGCCCCUACCAGGAUCCGGCAGGUGCCAUCCACCUGGCGUGCGACCGCGACGCUUGCCACCAGCUUAGCCUGAGUCUCCCGCCGGGAGAGAGCCUGCAGGAGGCAGGGCAGCGUUUCAGCCAGGACUGGAUCCUGGACUCGGGCUGCGGCGCCGUGAAGGUCCGGGUGGCCGUGAGCAUUGAGCCCCUGCCCGGAGGGGAGGCGGUGGCAGCCCCCUCGGAAGCCCCCUGAGGCCGGCAUCCCCUGCCCUGCCAGUGUGGCCCGGAGAGAGGGGGAGCCCUCCGGAGAGAGGGGGCUCCAGCCCCACCUGAGCCUUGCUGCAUCCUCAUGGGGACGAGGGAGGCCUACACUGCAGGGCUGUCGGCAGGACGUGCUUGGUAUCAUCACAGACGCUAACAGAAACAGAAGCCGUUGUGACCCAAAUCAGGCUUUGUCUAUGUAGUUUUAUCUGCGGGUCUCCCCAGGAUCCCAAAGGUCACCCAGUGGGGAUUCUGAAAGCAUGGAUCCACUGCCUCCCAGGGCACGGUGGGGGUGUACGUCUUGUAGGAUUUGCGGCCUGAAGCAGCAAUUAUAUAUUCUGUCACUUUCAUUUCAUAUAAUAAACCAAGCUUUCUUUAU